AUGACGCCGUCCAAUACACCCACGAGCCAGCUUAUACACCCACGAACCGUCCAAUACACCCACGAACCGUCCAAUACACCCACGAGCCGGCUUAUACACCCACAAGCCGUCCAAUACACCCACGAGCCGUCCAAUACACCCACGAACCGGCCAAUACACCCACGAACCGGCUUAUACACCCACGAACCGUCCAAUACACCCACGAACCCGUCCAAUACACCCACGAACCGUCCAAUACACCAACAAGCCGUCCAAUACACCCACGAACCGUCCAAUACCCCCACGAACCGUCCAAUACACCAACAAGCCGUCCAAUACACCCACGACCCGUCCAAUACACCCACGAACCUUCCAAUACACCCACGAACCGUCCAAUACACCCACAAGCCGGCCUAUACACCCACAAGCCGUCCAAUACACCCACGAACCGUCCAAUACCCCAACAAGCCGUCCAAUACACCCACGAACCGUCCAAUACCCCCACGAGCCGUCCAAUACACCCACGAACCGUCCAAUACCCCCACGAACCGUCCAAUACACCCACGAACCUUCCAAUACACCCACGAACCGUCCAAUACACCCACGAGCCGUCCAAUACACCAACGAACCGUCCAGUACACCCACGAACCGUCCAAUACACCCACGAACCCGUCCAAUACACCCACGAACCGUCCAAUACCCCCACGAACCGGCUUAUACACCCACGAGCCGUCCAAUACCCCCACGAGUCGGCUUAUACCCCCACGAACCGUCCAAUACACCCACGAGCCGGCCUAUACACCCACAAGCCGUCCAAUACACCCACGAACCGUCCAAUACCCCCACGAGCCGUCCAAUACACCCAGGAACCGUCCAAUACACCCACGAGCCGUCCAAUACACCAACAAGCCGUCCAAUACACCCACGACCCGUCCAAUACACCAACAAGCCGUCCAAUACCCCCACGAACCGUCCAAUACCCCCACGAGCCGUCCAAUACACCCACGAGUCGGCUUAUACACCCACGAACCGUCCAAUACACCCACGAGCCGUCUAAUACACCCACGAACCGUCCAAUACACCCACGACCCGUCCAAUACACCAACAAGCCGUCCAAUACCCCCACGAACCGUCCAAUACACCAACAAGCCGUCCAAUACACCCACGACCCGUCCAAUACACCCACGAGCCGGCUUAUACACCCACGACCCGUCCAAUACACCCACGAACCGGCUUAUACACCCACGAACCGUCCAAUACACCCACGAACCGUCCAAUACACCCACGAACCGUCCAACACAUCGAAGUACAUUCCAAAAUAGCUACGAGCAUUUUAACACAACCACAAGCCGUCAAAUACAGUCACGGUUAUACCAAAGUAACCUUAAGAUAUAG